CCACAGAAAUCAAAUCAGUAUAAAAAUGACUUAAUGAACAAUACCAAGUUUUGUGUCACAUUUUUUUGUCUUCAUUUCUAUCACUAUUUCAAAUUCUAACUAUAUAAAUGAAUCCUAUGGCAUUGUGCUUUACCAUUUUGCCUUUACAUCCUAAGGAAAAUACUGUUCGCUUUACAGGAAUGAGUGUGGAUGAGGACACUCGUUGGCUCGAAUGGGUCACCAAACAAUUUGAGACGAUUGCAGGAGAAGACAAGGAAAUUGACUUGGACGAGUUUAAAACAGCUCUCAAAGUGAAAGAGUCCUUUUUUGCAGAGAGGUUUUUUGCACUAUUUGACUCAGAUGGCAGCGGAUCUAUUAGCCUCGAUGAGCUGCUGAAGGCUCUGGACCUCCUCAUUCAUGGCAACGAGACAGACAAGCUGCGAUUUCUCUUUCAGGUCUACGAUGUGGACGGAAGCGGUUCUAUAGACCCUGAUGAGUUGCGAACAGUGCUAAAAUCCUGUCUGAGGGAAAGUGCCAUCUCUCUGCCAGAGGAGAAACUAGAUGAUCUGACACUGGCUCUAUUUGAGUCAGCUGAUAAAGAUAACAGUGGCUCCAUUACAUUUGAGGAGCUGAAGGCAGAGCUUGAGAACUUCCCUGAGGUCAUGGAGAACCUCACCAUCAGUGCUGCUAACUGGUUAAAACCUCCUGAUGUGGACCAAAGGAAGAGGAAGACGCAUCGCUAUUUGACACGAGCGUACUGGCAUAACAACAGCCGAAAGCUGUUUUUCCUCUGCCUGUACACCUUCAUCAACCUUCUCCUCUUCAUCAUAGCUAUGCUGCAGCAUGCUGCUGGUGGACCCUGCUUCAUGUUGGCGAAAGGCUGUGGAAUAUGCCUUAACCUCAACUGCACUUUUAUUAUGGUGCUGAUGCUACGACGUUGUCUCACAUGGCUGCGUGCCACCUGGGUUGCGAAGGUCUUUCCAUUGGACCAGAACAUUCUUCUGCAUCAGAUAGUGGGUUAUGCCAUCUUCAUCUUCACUCUGGUGCACACAAUGGCACAUGUCAUGAAUUUUGUUUUGCUAUCACGAGCUGAAAGAGGAUAUAGGAUGUGGGAAUACCUUUUCACCACACGUCCCGGUAUCGGAUGGGUUCAGGGUACUGCCUCUAUCACUGGGGUUGUGUUGCAGGUCCUCAUCUGUCUCAUGGUGGUUUGUUCCAGCACAUUUGUCAGACGCAGUGGUCAUUUUGAGAUCUUCUACUGGUCUCAUCUGUCUUAUAUCUGGGUCUGGGCACUGCUCAUAGUCCACUGUGCUAAUUUCUGGAAGUGGUUUGUGGCACCUGGUGUGAUCUUCCUUGUGGAGAAGUUAGUUGGCAUGGCAGUGUCUCGCAUGGCAGCUCUGUAUGUUGUUGAGGUCAACUUGCUGCCAUCUAAGGUAACACAUCUGGUGAUUAAGCGGCCACCGUUCUUCCAUUUUAAACCUGGUGACUAUGUCUACAUCAACAUCCCAGUCAUAGCCAAGUAUGAGUGGCACCCGUUCACCAUCAGCAGUGCACCAGAGCAACAAGAUAACAUAUGGCUCCACGUGCGCUCAAUGGGCCAGUGGACUAAUCGUCUGUUUGAGUAUUUUCGACAUCCUGAGGGCCAAGCCAUCAGCAACAAGAGACUAACAGCCAGCCUGAGGAACCGAAGACACCAUGCAAGAACCCAGGAGGAGCUGUUUAAAUCUGUGGGCUGUGGUGGAACUGUAGCAUCUAAUGAGGAUAAUGCCAUUGAGCUAACUCUGUAUCGCAAGAACGGAGUAAGGCCCAGUUCACAGAGACCAAACCCAGACUUCGGAGUGCAAGUAGAAUUAGGAGACGGGCCUUCAGGUGCUAGAGAGAUCUCUGCAAAACUGAGCGAGAAUCAUCGAUACUGUAACAUCAAGUGUUAUGUAGAUGGGCCCUAUGGCACACCGACCAGGCAGAUCUUUGCCUCAGAGCAUGCUGUGCUAAUUGGGGCUGGCAUUGGCAUCACACCCUUCGCCUCCAUCUUACAAAGCAUCAUGUACCGUUAUCGAAUGAGGAAGCAGAACUGCCCGAACUGCAACUACUCCUGGUGUGAGACUAUCAAAGAUAAUGAGAUGAAGCUGAGGAAGGUGGAUUUCAUUUGGAUAAACCGAGACCAAAAGUCCUUUGAGUGGUUUGUCAGCUUGUUGACCAAACUGGAGAUGGACCAGGCUGAUGAAGAACCUGAGGACAUCAAUCCAAGCAACAGAUUGUAUGAUGAUAUGGCAAAGAAAGAGAAGAGAGACUCCAUCACUGGCCUGCGGACACGCACACAACCAGGCAGACCCGAGUGGGGCAAGGUGUUCCAGAAGCUGUCUGAGGAACAGAAAGGCAAGGUCCAUGUUUUCUACUGUGGCUCCUUGGCUCUUGCCAAAGUUAUCAAGGCUCAGUGCGAAAAAUUUGGAUUUCAUUUCUACAAAGAAAACUUCUGAGAUACUUGUUCAUGUUUCUUGGGUAUUCCCUUCUACAGUUAUAAGAUAUAAGCUACAGUUUUUUUAACAUAUAGCCAUAGGAUAUUAGUCUGGGUGGGUUUUUGUUUUUUGUUUUUUUAUCUGUGUCACGUUUCUUAUUUUGUACUGUAAGAUUGUCUUCUCUUCAUGAAUGCACUUGCUUUUGCACUUUCAAACUCACAUCGAAUACAACACCAAAUUCUACUGACGAUAGCAAGAUUCACAUUUUACAAUGUAUACCACUCUUUUUCAAGUUGCAAUUUGCUGCUUCUCAGAGUUAGUAAUAUUCAUUUAAAAAGUAAUAGAUCAAGUAGAUAUCGUAGCUGUACCAGGAUUAUGGAUUAGUCCUUAAAUUGUAAUUAUGUCCAGUGUGAUUAGAC